UCUCUCUCUCUCUCUCGUGCCGUCCCGGACGUCUUCUUUAAUUUGAAGGGCACGAGGGAAGGCACAUAGGACACACAGGAGUGCGAGUGCUGCUGCAGCCUGUGUCUUUAAAACGCAGGAGCAGACAUGUGUGUUUCUGAGAUGUAGCCUGCCUGGCAAAUCUGUCGUCAGGAUCGCUUCACACACACCUGCUCCUCCUGUCAUCUCCCCGCUGAGGAAGGAAGGCGCUGCUGGGAUGCCGAUGGUUUCAUCUGGGAGGCGACUGAAAAGAAAUCAUAAGAAAUGGACCAAGAUAAUCCGAGCCAAAAAUCCCAGACGCAAGAAGACAAUCCAAAUGGAGCAGCAGAAGCUUUAACAACAACUCCAGCUCCGGCAUCAGAUACAGCGGCUCCAGCCACAGAAUCCACAGCCGGCCAGCAGGUUUCUGCAAGGCCUCGACGGCCCCAGAGAAGCGCCAGAGUAGAGGGCUCUGUAGACAUCACCGAGCCCAAAGCUGAGCCCAAAGCUGAGCCCAAAGCUGAGCCCAAAGCUGAGCCCAAAGCUGAGCCCAAAGCUGAGCCCAAAGCUGAGCCCAAAGCUGAGCCCACUCCAGUGGCUAACCAGGAUGAGUGUACUCCUGAUGGCCCUGUGGCAAGUCGCCCCAAACCAUCUCGCCCUGGAGCAGUCAAACCCUCAGGAGAGCUCACCGGGCCAAGCCCUAAAGUGGGUCGUAAAGGACCAGGCCACCACCCGGUUAGGGCUGCCUCAGUCCCCCACCCAUCUGCCAGCAGGCCUGAGGCUCCUCACAUGAACCUUCAUGCACAGAGAGCCUUCUCAGUAGCAGGUACAGCUGACACUCAGGCCCAGACUGUGGAAGACUUCAGGCUGCACAUCAUCACUUGGAACGUGGGUUCGGCCACGCCACCUGAUGACAUCACUUCCUUGCUGGGGCUGAAUGUGGGCGAUGGAAACACAGACAUGUACAUUAUCGGGCUGCAGGAAGUGAACUCCAUGAUUAACAAAAGGCUGAAAGAUGUCCUUUUUACAGACCAGUGGAGCGAGGUCUGCAUGGAGAGACUCAGCCCCUUUGGUUAUGUGCUGGUGACCUCCCAGCGGAUGCAGGGGUUGUUACUGUUGGUCUUUGCCAAGUACUUCCAUCUGCCCUUCCUCCGCGGAGUCCAGACUGAGACCACCCGCACUGGCCUGGGGGGUUACUGGGGGAAUAAAGGUGGUGUGAGCGCCCGCAUGUCAGCGUUCGGCCACACCAUCUGCUUCCUCAACUGCCACCUGCCGGCUCACAUGGAAAACUCAGAGCAGCGCAUGGAAGACUUCGAGAGCAUCCUGCAGCAGCAGCAGUUCGAGGGCCAGGCUGCCACCGGGGUUCUCGACCACGAUGUGGUGUUCUGGUUUGGAGAUCUCAAUUUCCGUAUCGAUGAGCUGGAUAUGCAAGUUGUAAAAUCAGCUAUCGAUAACAACAAGUUUCCAGUGUUGUUGGAAAAGGAUCAGCUCAAUAUGGCCAAAGACAGUGAGACAGUGUUGGAGGGUUUCCAAGAGGGGCCGCUGAAAUUUCCCCCCACCUACAAGUUUGACGUUGGAACAGAUACAUACGACACAAGUGGGAAGAAGCGCAAACCAGCUUGGACCGACCGGAUUCUGUGGCGCCUCAGAGCAACUGCUACUGCCGGCGCUGCUCUCAACACAGGGAAGCGUGGCUCCAUGUUGGGGCUGACCAGCGGGACCAAAGUGACACAGCACUACUACCGAAGUUACAUGGAAUACACAGUCAGUGACCACAAACCUGUCUCCUCCAUCUUUACCCUGCAGUUCCCGUACAAGGUAGAUAUUCCCCUGGUCACAAUCACAGUGGAGGAUGAGUGGAAUAGCAUCGCUGAUGCCGUGGCGAAAUUCAAACUGGUGCCCAACUUCCCUCGCAGCUCCUGGGACUGGAUGGGACUGUACAAGGUGGGUUUCAAGCACCAUAAGGACUAUGUGGGAUAUGUGUGGGCCAAGCAAGAGGAAGCUGAUUUUACGCGACCAGAACAUCAGGUAACCUUUACCGAGGAGGAAUUGCCCAAAGACUCAGGGGAUUUUAUCUUGGGUUACUAUAGCAACAACAUGAGCACCAUUGUGGGUGUAACAGAGCCAUUUCAGAUCCAGCUUCCCACUUCAGGUCUUGACGCUAGUUCUUCAGACAGCUCUGACGUCAGCUCAGAGGAUGACAGCACUGUUGUCCUCAUGAAGACGAGGUCCCGCAGUCCCAGUCCACGCAAGGCCAAACACCGCAGCCACAGCCGCGGAAGCCACAGCCACAGCCACGGCCACGGCCACGGGAGCCACAGCCACGGCGGUCACAGCCGCUCUGGCAGCCCCGCUCAGGCCAAAAUGAAGGUGCUCGAUGUCACUGACGGCUCUCCAUCGAGCACUACAGCUGAGAGUGAGUCCACAGGACGUCCAGCAGAUGGCAGCAGCAGCCAGGUGUCUGCUCCUGUGGAGAGAGAAAAAGACAGAGAGGGUUCAGGGGUGUGAUGCACAACCUAGUUCUGCUGUUGUCACAGGUCACAUAGCCAACUGUUGUGUCUUUUAUUAAGUACCUCCACGACAUUGUAUGUUUUCUGUAAUGAAAAUAUACCGUUUUUGAUGCAAUCCUUUUCAGGAACAGCCAUCUGGUUUGUCCAGGAGGCUUACUUUGCCUUGGGUUGUUCUAUUUAGCUGUGCACAUUGUAUAUUUUUUAUUUGUAAACCUUUCACUCUGUCCUGUCUUCCUUCUGCCUUUGUCCUUUCUCAGGUGUGUACAGUACAGGGAGCUGACACCUUGCAUUAGGAAAUACUCAAGGAUGUUAUGGUCAUGUAGAGUAAAAGAGAGGUUA